CUACUUCCAUCUGCCUUGGUGCUACCUUCUUGAUUGCCUCCUUGUCUUGUUACUUCUCAUUCCCUAUCAUCGUCUUACUCGUCGAAUUCCACACACACUUCGACCUGUCUCACAAGCGACUGCGCCACGUGCUCCGGCUCCGACUUCCAUACUCUCCCUCAACCUCCUUCCCCCUCUCACUGACUGACCUCACUGCCACGGCAAGCGAGUUGUUGCCUCCCUUGAUACGCACAGAUGGACAGAUUGGACUGCAAGUUACUUGACUAGUCUACACCAUAGUCAUCGCCUCGUCCCUUGCCACUGGCAGACUACUGUAGACUUCAUCUGCCAUACCACACCAUACCAUACCAUACCACACCAUACCAUACCAUACCAUACUAUCACCGCCCUCGCGACAUGUCUCACUCCCCCUCUUCCCCGCCAGCCACCGCUGCCACUGCCGCCUCUCCACCUCCAUCGGCUCGCGAGGCCAUCGCUGCCGCGGCUCAAGCGCGUCUGGCCUCUGCCCGUCAUGGCGGUACAGGCAGCGAAGCCGAGGCACAGCGGGCAAAGGACGAAGCAGACCAUCUCCUCCUCUGCAGACGCAUCGUCGAUCUACAGAUUCGCCGCGACAAUGGCUACGACAAGGCAUUCGAGUGUCUCAAGACGCUCGAUACACUCCUAUCCAACAUACUCUCUCACCCCACCGAAGAGAAGUACCGCUCCUUCAAGUCGGAGAAUCCCCGUCUCCAGCGAAGCGUACUCUCCGUACCAGGAGGCACAGACUACUUACUCCAGGCGGGCUUCGGCACUCGCACCGUAGAAUUCAAGCAGCAGUGGUACCUCCACUCGUCCGUCCAGCCGCCCAGCACCUCAAGCGAAGCAUCCCCCGCCUCUGCCUCUGCGUCUCCUUCCACUUCCACUUCUACUUCGACAGUCUCAUCAGGUAAUGCACAGAAAUGGCGACGUCUCCAACUCGCCCAUCGAGUCCUGCAAGAGCGUCUAGGGGAGAGUGAAGAGCGUGCUGUGCAGAAGCGGGAACAAGCUCGUCGCGAGGCCGAGGUGGAAAAGAAUCGUGCGGCGAGGGUGUUGCAGGAGGCACAGGAGGAUAGAGAGAGGGUGGCGCUGAGAGCACAAAGGGAGAGGUUGGCUAGGGCAAGAGGACAGGAAGAGCCAAGAGGAGGAGGGGCAGGGGUGGGGCCUUCAGCUGUAACGGGCAGUCGCAGUGGUGCUGUCUAUCAGCAGCCACCCCCCGGCAACAGGCCAGAGUACCGCGUCAACACCUCUACCCUCGUCGGCGCUGGAAACCAACACAAUGCCGGUAGUUCAUCAGAUGAGCCAGGAGCUGGAAUAGAUAGGAGCGACUAUACGGCCGAGGUGCCCUUUGAUGAACCGAGCAGCCGAGGUGAAGAGGCAGAGCUGGAUGAUGAGGAUGAGCAAGGGGAUAAGCCUCCUCCGUACGGUAGGGAGGAGUGGGGCAGCGGAAGACGUCUGGGGUCUUGAGAAAGGGAGAGAGAGUCAGUAUCGGGAACCUAGAUUUUGUACAAAGGUCCUCUUACUUCACCAAAGUCACGAAAUCCAUUACGAUCAUGAGUUACAAUGCAUAUAUUUCUACCUCCCC